GUCGCUCGUGUGGCCAACAGCAGAAUUUUACGUCUUUUUCAUAGCAGAUUGAAGGAUUUGUUGAGAAGUACAAGAAAAUGAAAGACAGGGCAGCUCUUUUGAAAGGCAGUUUACAUAAGUCCCCGUACAUUAAUACCAACAACUAAAAAUGUUGACAGUGAAUAGUGAACCUUUACUGCUGCAGAAAGUGAUGACCUUUGAAAGAUGGUGGUGUGUUUUAACAGAUGAACUUGAUCUCUGCAUUCAGAGAUCUGUGGAGAACAAGUUGCCCAGGAGGAGGCUUGGAUCUUCUUCAGCACCGCAGUUUCAAGAGGUGUCUGCGCUCACUGGAAGGGUUCCCCAUUUCUUCAGAUUUACCACACUUCAUUAAAAACGGAUUUGCUUGUGGAUUCCCUAAAGACUGGGAACUGUUAAGAAGAAAGUGGAUCAUGUUUUUAAAAGCAGGAGAACCACAAGAUUUUCAGUGGAAGGGAAAUGACAAUGCAGCUAUUUUAGACAGCUGUUCCUCCUCCCAAAAGCCCCUGGACAAUCAUCACAAGAAAGUAGUUGUGAGGAAUUCAGAAACAAAACUCAAAAGAGGAAUUCUGCAUUUUCACCCUUACCUGCCAACAAUAAGUUCACAGAUACAGUUCAUGGACUUGGUUCUAAUAUUGCUAUAAAUGAAAAAUGUGAUACUAAAAGUACUGGAAAUCAGCCAUGUUUAGAAGAAGAAAGAACUAAUUUUAAUUGUGUAAUCCCCAAAAGAAAUAAACCAGAAUGCAGCAACACAGCUACAACUACAAAGAAUCAUUUUCUGGCAGCUGAAAGAAGUUUCGAUGUCAUUAGUGAUAGUGAAGACUCAAGUGAUGAAGAUAAUGGCAUUGUUGACUUGGACACAAAUUGACAAAAGGCAAAAAUCAAUGAUAAUCAGUAUGGAAAUAAGAAGCAAUCAGUUGUCAUGAGAAGAACUAA